AUGGCACCAGCUAAUAAAAACAGAAGAGUGAGAGAUACCCCAGAGAGAUGUUCCUGUCCUCUGUAUUCCCAGGAUUGUACAGAGGAGAAUCCCAGGAUCCCACAGGAGGAUCAGGAAGAACGUCUGUCUGAUAUUAAAAUAGACGAUACAGAGGGAGAAGAAGAGACGUAUGUGACUGAUAUAAAGGCAGAAGAUAUAGAGGCAGAAGAAGAGACGUAUGUGACUGAUAUAAAGGCAGAAGAUAUAGAGGGAGAAGAAGAGACGUAUGUGACUGAUAUAAAGGCAGAAGAUAUAGAGGGAGAAGAAGAGACGUAUGUGACUGAUAUGAAGGCAGAAGAUACAGAGGGAGAAGAAGAGACGUAUGUGACUGAUAUAAAGGCAGAAGAUAUUGAGGGAGAAGAAGAGACAUAUGUGACUGAUAUAAAGGCAGAAGAUAUAGAGGGAGAAGAAGAGACGUAUGUGACUGAUAUAAAGGCAAAAGAUACAGAGGAAGAAGAAGAGACGUAUGUGACUGAUAUAAAGGCAGAAGAUAUAGAGGGAGAAGAAGAGAUGUAUGUGUCUGAUAUAAAGGCAGAAGAUAUAGAGGGAGAAGAAGAGACGUAUGUGACUGAUAUAAAGGCAGAAGAUAUAGAGGGAGAAGAAGAGACGUAUGUGACUGAUAUGAAGGCAGAAGAUAUAGAGGGAGAAGAAGAGACGUAUGUGAGGGGUGAUCAGCAGUGUAAGGAGGAGGAGAUCCCUACAGAUACCAGAAGUCCAGAUAAUAAUGCAGCAGAAAUACUUGCAGAAAAUAAACAAAAAGAAUGCAAUGGAAAUGACAAGGCAAAUGGUAAUGAUGCAGCUUGGAAGCUGAGAGUCUAUGGCAAAGUAUAUGACUGA